GGCUGCUGCUGCUGCUGCUGCUCUGCGCUGCAGGGUGCGCGGGGCAACCUGGGAAAUGUGUAUGUGCUGCGCGGAUCCGUGUCUGCGAGGGCCUUGUGGAUGCCUAUCGACUGCAUAGGGCAAAAUACAAGGCGUCAGCUACAUUUGUAGCCCGUGCAUGCCGCUGCGGGCACUUACACGGAUUUCUUUCAUGCCCGACUUCAACACGGACAUCGCUACGGUAAUGUUUGCGUAACGCAUGUCCUGUACGGGGUAUAUCCAUUGCACAGUGACUGUCAAUAAAGAGAACGGUCUGGAAAGAACUGGAAUCGGAAGUAAUUGGGGAUCCAGCACUUUGCAGCUCCGUACAGUACUUUGAAUAAGCACACGCCGUUCCUUCGGGUUUUAUUAUUAUUAUAAUAAGCAUGGUUACGAGGAACCAUCCAGUGUUACGUUUGUAAGGUAUCUUGGCGUGACCGAUGUGAAGUCAGGUGAUGACUGCCACCUGAAAACAACAACAACAACAACAACAACAACAACACACCACACACACACACAACUGGAAUACAUUCUGUCGAUCAACAAACAGUCCGUGGAAAAAUAUGGAUGAGAGCUCGGAAAAAAACAACGGUGACAAAGACGUCGUGCUGGUUGCAGAAAACGAAGCAGAAAGCAUGCAGAUCGAAGAGGAGAGUCCCAAGCUGCGAAGCUCCCUGAAUUUGCUGGACACCUGUGCCGUAUGCACCUCAAAUUUCCAGAGCAGAGAACCCCGACUCCUGCCCUGCCUUCACUCUUUCUGCAAAAAGUGCUUGCCGCAGCCUUCCAGGCAUUUGGCGGUAGCCGAGAAGAAAGACCCCUCUCCGCCGGGUGACCAUGCAUCGAGAUCCAUUGGUGUUAUACGGUGCCCAGUAUGCCAGCAGGAGUGUGUUGAGAUCGAUGUAAUGGAGAACUUUUUUGUGAAGGACACAGUAGAAGUUCCCAGCAGCACUGUGGAGAAGACCAGUCAGGUUUGCACAAGCUGCGAGGACAAUACAGAGGCCACAGGUUUCUGUGUAGAAUGCGUGGAGUUCCUGUGUCUCACCUGCAUUGAAGCACACCAGAGAGUGAAAUUCACCAGGGACCACACCAUCAGACAGAAAGAGGAGGUAUCUCCAGAAGCCGUCUCCAUCUCCAGCCAGCGGCCUGUUUUCUGUCCCAUUCACAAGAAGGAGCCCCUGAAGCUGUUCUGUGACACCUGUGACCGACUUACCUGCCGGGACUGCCAGCUGCUGGAGCACAAGGACCACAGGUACCAGUUUCUGGAAGAUGCUUACAAAAAUCACAAGGAGUGUCUUGAGACGAUGACGAUGCAGUUACAGGAGAAAAAGAAGGCAGUGGAGGCAGUAUCGGAUGUCAUAAAGAGCAGACUCCAGCAAGUGGAUGAGAACCAUAAAGCAGUUAAAUACGAGAUAAACAUGUCCAUCUAUGCUUUGUUUGUGGAAAUUAAGAAAAGGGGCAAGGCUUUGAUUAAUCAGCUCGAGGCUAUGAGGAAGGAUCAAGAGGCCGUCCUGAACAAGCAGCAAGAAGACAUAAACUUGCUGUCCAAACAGCUGGAAUACGUCAUGAACUUUACAAAGUGGGUGGCAUCUAAUAACAGCAGCACUGCCCUUCUGUACAGCAAACGACUGAUUUUGUUUCAAAUCCAAAACCUUCUGCGGGCCAAAUGCGAGAUGACAUUUAUACCCCAAAAUUCUGUCCGAUUCCAGUCCGGUCUUGCUGCUUGGGCUAGAAAUAUUGAUUUUGGAACUCUCAUGAUCGAUUCGGACCCCGCCGUGCAGCAGAGCAACUUCCAGAACGCCCAGGCCGCGCUGAAUGCCGCUGCCCAGAAACCAGGAGCGUCUCCGCCCGGCUUCCCCUCCGUCUCCUCCUCCCAGCCGGCCCCGGCCGUGCCCCCAAACACCCUGGCUCAGCUCCAGAAGCAGGUGGAGCGCUUGUCUUACCGCCCUGGCCGACAGCGCCAGCCCAGAGGCUGGGUGUGGCACAUCCACGAGCCCCCUGUGCUCAAGCCUCAAGGGGGCGUCCAGGGGUCCCGAGUUCAAAGCCCGUCUGUGGGGUCCCAGCAGGGCCCAAGAUUUGGCGCUCAAGGUCUGGUUCCUCCAAGCCCGACUUCAAACCCACAGAACCCUGGAUUCCUCACCCAUCAGCCUCCUCACCCGAUUAAUGUCCAAAAUCAGAGACGUGCUGGAAACGUCUCCAACGUUACAGUCAAACAGGGAAUCUCCCAGCAGUCCCAGAAUGCCCUUCGGAAUCCCCUGCCCCACCCCAGUUCCAGCAGCCCCACGGCGUAUUCAGCAUUCCAACAGUUAAAUAGGAUGGAAGCUGUAUAUCUGGACAACAGGAAAGAAAGGAAUGGCCCAAUAACAGUUCCUAAAACCAUCACUUCUCAAAGCUUACCAAUGUCAUCCACAGAUAAAAAUGACCAACAAAGACUGAAUUUCUUGAUGCCCUCAUCUGCCACUUCCAGUGAGAUCAGCGCAUGGUCGUCAUCCUGUAAAUCUUCACAGUCUCAAAAUAAGGAUUCCUUUAAGCAGAAGAAGAGUACUUCUCCCUACCCUGGUAUCGUUGUCAAAGAUGAGCCUGAUGAUGAUGACCUCAGUUUGGGCCAAUCGCGCGUGAGGACCAAUGUCCCGGACAGUACGGAGGACCAAGCCAAGGCGGUGGAGGAGCGGCUGUCGUGCUGGAGUCCCUCCUCCGCCGGGAAGACGGGAGGCGCCGAGGAGGACCCCAACGAGGACUGGUGCGCCGUGUGUCAGAACGGGGGGGAGCUGCUCUGUUGCGAGAAGUGCCCCAAAGUCUUUCACCUCGCCUGCCACGUGCCCCCUCUCCUCGCCUUUCCAAGCGGAGAGUGGUUUUGCACAUUUUGUCGUGACCUGUCCAAGCCAGAGCUGGAGUAUGACUGCGACAGCGCCGUUGAACCCACAGGAGCCAAGGAUAAGGAAUCAUCCAGGAGACUACCUCCUUUGGACAAAAGGAAAUGUGAAAGACUUUUACUUUACCUCUACUGUCACGAACAGAGCGCCGACUUCCAAGAGCCUGUCCCACCAUCCAUUGUGCCAGACUACUACACAAUUAUCAAGACGCCAAUGGAUCUGUCCCUUGUGAAGGAGAAACUUCAGGCACAAAAACAGUGUUACAGCGACCCAGAAGAAUUUGUUGCAGACAUCAGGCUUAUCUUCCUGAACUGUGCAGAAUUUAAUGAGCCAGACUCUGAAGUUGCUGCGGCUGGCAAGACCUUGCAAAAGUUUUUUGAGGAACGCCUGAGGAUCCUGUAUCCGGAACGGAAGUUUCCCGAACAGAAAGUCGAAGGAGUGGCCAGAGAGGGAGAGAACGAGCCUUCACAGCCCAAAAAGAAACUGCGAAAGUGUGCCGAUUCCCAAAUUGGAUGAUGAUGCUACCCUGCGUCUGUUUAAGCUGAGAACCAAUCUCAGAAUCAGAAUAGAUGUGUUUUUUCAGACCAUACCAGUACUUUGAUUUUGGUGGGUCUGGGCCACAUUUAAAAAAAUCUAUUUUCUCUGAACACACUUGUGCAGGUCUGAAGUCUUCACACUGCAAAUUUAUAUAAACCCUAAACAGUGAUCUAAGCAGAAUUUCCAAGGUAUUUUAGAAUGUGUUCCUGUGUUUAACAUUUGCUGAAACAGCCACGUUAUGUUCAUUAAUAGACUAACUUUGUCCAAAAACUAACCUUUUCAGGUAAAUGAAACAUGUCAAAUGGUGUCUCUUGUGUGUAUCCUGUUUAAUUAUCUGUGAACAGCCUUUUCAACCUAAGAUAUGCCUAAGUAGGACACUUUUAACAUGAGAAACCAAUUUUUAAGUAUUUUUUUAACUUCAAAAUGUUUUCCGGAAAACUCUACGAUGUGUAUAUACUGUAUCUACACAAAAGUUCUAAUAUUGAAUUGCCAGAAAACCUGCUGGCAUGCAAUCAUCAUAAUAACUGCUCCCAAUAUAAUGUUAUGAAGGUUUGUUGUAACAUAAAAGAAAGACAAUUUUGUAAUGAAUAUUUAUUUUUGUGCAUUUUCACUAGGUUUUGUAGCGAUACUAUUUGAUUAGUAUGUGAAAGCUACAUUAGUAUGUGCUACCAACCAGGUUUUAACUUGCUGCUUUUUUGUAUUUAAAAUUUUAACUACAGAUACCAAGUUAUUGUAAGUACAGAAAGGGAAGUAAUGUGAAAAAGGUUGUUUAAACAUUUUCUCUCAGUGUUCUCAGUCUUUGGGAUGAAACCAAAGCAUUUUUUUUAAUUUGCCAGUGCCAGUAAUUUAAUGAAAGCAGCCAUGCAAGAGAACUAUCUGUUAGGUCAUGCCUCUGGGUCUUAAUCAUAGGGAAUUAAGGUGCUUAAUUGUAAGAAUAAAAAAAAAUUAAAAUGUAAGCAAUUAAA